UAGUUAUGUGGGGAAAAUAAAUAACACUUGUGUGCAGUGACUCAUGCAAAGUGGUCACUGAGGAUGGCAUCACCUGGACAUUUUGGUUUCUGAUGGUAAUUUUUAGCAGUUUUUCGUGCAGGUUUUUUUGUUUUGUUUUUCUCCUCUGUGUGAAUGACCUGCCUCUCAGCAGUUCCGUUUUAAUGCACCUUACGGCUGCUUGAGUUGAAGCUUAAUUGACUCUCCCUCGCUGUCUUUGGGGAAUCAAUUACUCCGACCUCCGUUUCUAAGGCACGCCUGGUCAGACAUAAUAAAUUAGAGCUCCAUUGCAGUCCCCAGUGAAAGGCCAGUUGUUAGUUGGACCAUUUGCAGGUUCCCUGCAGUGCGUCUGAACAUUGCACGAUUAUUGUUUUUUACUUAUUUUCUGUAAUUUAAUGAAUUUAGCCGGUUAAUGUAAAUUGACAAUGGUCUUUGCAUUUCCAGAUGUUAUGAGGUGUAUUCAUUAUGUGUGUGUUAUUUGUGCUUUGCCCUCCACAGACCUGCUCGUGCGACUAGUGUCCAUUGAUCUGCACACGUUUGGCCCCGACGCCCUGACCGCUGUCAAGCUCAUUGAGCACCAGGCGUCCAGCAGCCAGGUGGCGGAGGUGCGGCCGCAGCUCGUGGAGCACGUCCCUUCCCCCAUGCAGGGUACACCUGGACCAGCGCCAAGAGUCCCUGUUCAGUCUACUGCUCCUCCUGGUAUUGUUGAGCUAGAUGGAGAGAAGUUUACCCUUCAGUGGCUGAAUGCUCACUUUGAGGUGCAGGUAGAGGGCUCGGUCUCGCGCUCAGAGAUGUACUCGGAGUACCUGGCCACCUGCAGCAAGACGGCCCGGAGCGGAAUCCUCACCUCCUCGGGCUUCUACAAGUGCUUGAGGAUGAUCUUCCCUAAUCACUCGGUCAAACGCAUGGAUGACUCCAAGACCAACGGCCAGGCCCAGAUCCACGUGGUUGGGAUCCGGAGGCGAUCCAUCACUCUCCCCAUCCAGCUGUACUAUCAGCAGCAGCAGCCCAGCCCUGUUCCCAAGCACGAAGCCCCCUCUGAACCUCUACAGGCCCCCCUAACAGGCCUCCCCCCUGGCAUGGGUGGGCAGUUUGUGCGGGCAUCUGUCCCCAGCCUUACAGCCAGCCAGGCAGCUCCGCAGGUGGCCUACGCCGUGCAAGCAGUGUCGCACCCGCCAUCAGCCAUGACUGUUCCCCCCCGCUUCUCGCCGGCAAAUCCCUCCGGCCUGCUGAUCCCCGCCGUCACGCCCACGCCGCCCAGGCCCGGCGACAUCGUCAAAACGGCCAUGAUGCAGAGCUCCAUCCCCACUGCCUCCGUGCCCCCCGCCAUGCCCAACCACAGUGGGCUUCCUGCAGCCAUGGCCCCACAGCACCACCAACAGCAGCCGCCGCAGCAGCUUCUGCACCACGCCCCCGUUACGCUCUUCCAGCAGGGGCCACAGCAGGCCCACAUCUUCACGGGACGAGUCCAGGGCGUGUGUCCUCCAGGCCCGGGCCAGCGCCUCCCCCAGUCCGGCGCCACUUCCCAGGAGUCGGUGGUCCUGGCCUCACCGCCGCAGUUCGCCAGCACGCCCUCAAUAGUAGCCGGCGGGCAGGUGUUCACUGUCGCCGGUGUCCAGAACACGCAGGGUUCCAGGGUCACCUUCCAGAACAUCGCCCCCAAACCCGCACCUCAGCCCCAGGGGGUUCCUAACCAACAGCAGCAGCAAACCCAACAGCAGCAGCAGCCACAGCAGCAAAAUGUGGUCAUCGUAAGCCCCAACCCGCAGCCAAACCCAGCAUUUGCCCCGGCCAUCCACCAGAUAGUGCUGACCAACCCCUCGGGCAUGCCCACCGCUCAAACCAUUCAGUUGGCCGGGCAGCCGUCCAGCUCCCCUGCUCCUCCCUCCUCGCACUGCCCCCAGACCUCCGGUCCCCUGCCACAGGGCAUGGGCUCGCCCUCGCAUCCGGGCCAGGGCCCCCCUCCCACUGUCAGUCAGAUGCUCUCCGUCAAGCGCCAGCAGCAGCAGCACCUCCAGACGUACCCACCGCCCCCACCUCCUGGCCAGCCUACCUCUGCGGAGUCCAGCCUGAUCAAACAGUUACUGCUUCCAAAGCGCGGGCCCUCCACACCCGGAGGGAAACUCAUCCUCCCCGCCCCCCAGGUCCCUCCCCCCAGCAGCACGAGGGCACCCAGCCCGCAGGUGGUCUACCAGGUGUCCCCCGGCAGCCAGAGCACGCCGCAGCCCCAGCAGCUCAAUGUGCAGUUGGUCCAAAGCCCACUGCAGGCCCAGGGCCCCGUACAGACUGUCCCCAUCUCCAACCUGCAGCUUCUGCCUGGCCAGCUCAUCUCCACCAGCACCCCGGCCACCAUCCUCCAAGGUACGCCCACCAACCAGGUCACGUUCACGGUAGUGCCAAACGCUGGCUUCUCCGCCACAGGGGUAGCCCAGGGCGUGCCGUCGCCGCUGACGUCGCAGACGGGCCUGCCUGUCAGCGGAGCCCCGCCCUCGUUGGGGGUACAGGUGCAGCCCGUGACCCCACUCCAGCCCCCUCCUGGGGCCACGCCCCCCAUCUCCGUGCCGCCGUUCCGAGCGGACAAGAUCAUCUGCCAAAAGGAGGAAGAGGCCAAAGACGCCACGGGGCUCCACAUCCACGAGCGCAAGAUCGAGGUGGUGGAGAACUCCUCCCUGGGCGAGGGAGCCAAAACCAGCAACGGGGACGUGGCGGAGCCCAAGGGCCCCGGGGCCAAGCUGCUCAACGGGAGGAAGUGCGUUGACUCGAGUCUACCUCUGUACCACUCAGGGAACAGCCAGCCGGCCGGCGCUCAGGGCACACAGACAAGUGUCAACGGCCCUGCAGUGGAGGCCGGCGAUGCUGCCAGCACUGGGAAGCUGAGCCCUGCUGGCCAGACUCAAGACCCCCGAAAGCUCCUGGUCAACGGGGUUUGCGAUUUCGACCGAGGGGACAUUAUGGGCUCGGGCACCCACCUCGGCAAAAACAUUCCAAAUCACAAAGCUUCCAAACACGUGGGGAACGGGGAGGUGGCCCCGUCUCCCAAAGGGCACGGAGCGGUGCUGGGCGCGGACUCUAUUCCUCAACCUCAGCAGGACACUGCCAAAGCAGAGCCGGCGGAGCGUGUGGCCAACGGGCCCAAGAGUGUGGGCCGCGGCGCCGAGCUCUCCAACGGGCCCUCGGGGCAGAACUAUGCCGCUCCCACUCCCCACCUGCGGCUCCAGCAGCCCCCCCACCACCACCACUCGCCGCCCCUCCUGCCCGCAGCCAGUGGAACCUUCCAGAAUCCUUACGGGUCUGAAGUGAAACCCCAGCCACAGCCAGCGAACGGAGCUAGCGAGAACCGGGCGCUCAAGCGACCCGCAGAAGAUGGGGAGCGGGGGCCCCAGUCCGGCAUCCCCAGCAAAGUGGGCGUGCGGAUAGUCACCAUCAGCGACCCCAACAAUGCUGGGCACAGCGCCACCAUGGUGGCCGUGCCGGCCGGUGCCGACCCAAGCACAGUAGCAAAAGUAGCAAUAGAGAACGCAGCGCAGCAGAAGCCCUCAUCGCAGCAGGAGACGGCUCCUCAGCAGUCUGUGUCGGCAGCUAUGCCCAUGGCCCCCGCCGUGCCCCAGCCCCUGCAGGGCAGCAGUGCGAGUCCCAGUCCGUCUCUGGGUGGCCCACAAGCCACAGCGGUACCCCAGGAGCAGGCCCGGAAACCUGGCCAGAACUUCAAGUGUCUGUGGCAGUCCUGUAAACGGUGGUUUGAGACGCCAUCUCAGGUGUUCUACCACGCCGCCACUCAACAUGGCGGGAAGGAGGCGUACCCUGGAACAUGCCUCUGGGAAGGCUGCGAACCCUUCCCACGGCAAAGACUAUCCUUCAUCACUCACUUACAGGACAAGCACUGCUCAAGGGACGCACUAAUCGCUGGCCUGAAACUGGAGGAGCAGAGGCAAAGCGGAAAUCAGAAUACUUCCAAGUCUCCACCAGUAGCGGCCAGCAGUCCGACCCCAAGAGCACAGAAAGCUAUUGUCAAUCACCCCAGUGCUGCCCUAAUGGCACUGCGCAGGGGGUCACGGAACCUGGUCUUCAGGGACUUUACCGAUGACAAAGAGGGACCAAUGACCAAACACAUACGACUAACUGCUGCCUUAACGUUAAAGAACGUCGCCAAGUACUCGGACGAUGGGCGAAGGUUGGUAAAACGGCAUGAGUGCCACCUGUCGGUCCUGGCGCUCAGCAACAUGGAGGUCUCCACAACGCUUGCCAAAUGCCUUUACGAACUGACUCACACCCUGCAGGCUUGAGCCAAGCUGAAUUCCCAAAAAAAGGAAGAAAAAAAAAAAAACAACACCACGAGGAAAAACACUCUUCCUGUAGUGCUGGCGAACAAGUCUGUCGUGUUGGCCACAUGGGGCAGAGCUCCCCAAGGCCUCCCCCCUCCCUUCCAUUUCUGUUCCCAGUAUGCUUGGACUACCCGCUACAAUCACACCCAUCUCCUCCCUCCUUCACAAAAACAAACAAACAAUAACAUAAA